AUGGCUGAGUUUGGGACAGAUGAAGUGCCAAUGCUGUCCGAAACUAAUCCGAAACAAUCAAAUGAACACGAUGAUUUCAAAUUCAAGACUCGUGUAUCUAGAACGCGAAGUGUAUCGAUUUCCAUUCCCAUGGUUCCUAUUGACUCAUACGAAACAGAUACUAAUCUCAAGAGACACACCGGUCCUCUAAGGAGUAAAAGAAAAACACAAUAUAAUCCAAUGAGUGGUCCGUUAUAUGUUACUGAUAAAUCUGGAAAUGUUUUUAGGCAGAAUAUGACCGUGCCGAUGAGCAACGCUGUGGAAAGUAAGACAGAAAAGUUUCCUUUAAGUGGCCAGAAUGAACGCGAUUCGCAGUAUCACUAUGCUAAUAAAAAUGAACAUUUAGUAAGAUCUGGUCAAUUGGGAAUGUGUAAUGAUCCAUACUGUACUACCUGUCCGGCUUACUUCAAGGCUACUCAACCAAGGGAUUCGAAAAAUUCGGGUUUGUUCAAUCCUAAGUUUCAGAAUGUUCUCUAUGGAGAUGCCAAGGAUUGGGCAAGAAGAAUUUCCAAUUUCUUGAUUCCUAAUGUACCUAGAGUUAUGAAUCCGCAUAAUAAACUAGUACAGCAAUGGAAUAAAUUUUUUGCAAUUUGUUGCUUGGUGGCAAUUUUUGUCGAUCCGUUAUUUUUCUUCUUGCUCUAUGUGAAUAAGGUACAAAAAUGUAUUGUUAUUAACUCUACAAUGACAACAGUGCUUGUUAUACUUAGAAGUACGAAUGACUUCAUACAUUUCCUAAAUAUUAUUCUUCAGUUUAGGUUGGCUUAUGUGGCCCCUGAGUCUAGGGUGGUUGGUGCUGGAGAGUUAGUUGACCAUCCUAAGAAAAUAGCUCUUCACUAUCUUCACACAUAUUUUCUUUUUGAUUUGUUUGUUGUACUUCCACUUCCUCAGAUAAUGAUAUUGUUUGUCUUACCAAAACACUUGGGAACAUCAGGAGCAAAUUAUGCAAAGAAUCUUUUGCGUGCGGUCAUCCUUGCUCAGUAUAUUCCCAGAUUGUGUAGGUUCCUCCCUAUGCUAAUUUCUCCAACCGGAUUCAUAUUCGAGUCAGCAUGGGCGAGUUUCUUCAUAAAUCUUUUUACCUUCAUGCUAUCUGGUCAUGUUGUUGGGUCAUGGUGGUACCUCUUCGGUUUGCAGAGGGUUAAUCAAUGUCUACGAAAUGCCUGCAAGAAUACAUAUUUUGAUGCAUGCUCAAAAUUCAUUGAUUGUGGACAUGGAAGCACUGAGGAACAUCUGAAUGAAACAAAUUGGACUCAGUGGAAGAAAAAUGAUAAUGCAAGUGCUUGUUUUACAGAAGAUGGUUUUGAGUAUGGAAUCUAUCUUAAAGCUGUCAACCUGACUACAAAACAUAAUGUGAUCACAAGAUAUGUAUAUUCAUCAUUUUGGGGAUUCCAACAAAUUAGUACUCUAGCUGGAAAUUUGACGCCAAGCUAUUUUAUUUGGGAAGUCCUUUUCACAAUGGGAAUCAUUGGAUUAGGACUCUUGCUCUUUGCUCUUCUCAUUGGAAACAUACAGAACUUUCUUCAGGAGCUUGGAAGAAGGAGGCUAGAAAUGUCACUUAGACAACGUGAUGUCGAACAAUGGAUGAGCCAUAGGCGCUUAGGAGAAGAUCUGAGAAGGAGAGUGCGACAAGCUGAACGUUAUAAUUGGGCUGCGACUAGAGGAGUGAAUGAAGAAAUACUCAUGGAGAAUUUGCCAGAAGAUCUUCAGAGGGACAUCAGACGCCACCUUUUUAAAUUUGUUAAGAAAGUUCGAAUUUUCUCCUUGAUGGAUGAUCGUAUCUUGGAUGCCAUUUGUGAGAGACUGAGACAAAAAAUAUAUAUCAAAGGAAGCAAAGUUUUGUACGAUGGUGGCUUAGUAGAGAAGGUGGUUUUUAUCGUGCGGGGAAAAUUGGAGAGUAUAGGCGAAGAUGGAAUUAGAGUUCCACUAUCUGAAGGCAAUGUUUGCGGUGAAGAACUUCUUACAUGGUGUCUCGAGCAUACUUCAGGAAACAAAGUUUAUGGAACAACAAGAAUUCCAAGACAAAGGUUGAUUAGCAAUAGGACAGUAUUAUGCCUAACAAAUGUGGAAGCAUUUUCCAUUAGAGCAGCAGACCUUGAAGAAGUUACAAAACUUUUUGCAAGAUUCUUGAGGAGUCCAGGUGUUCAAGGAGCUAUAAGGUAUGAAUCGCCGUAUUGGAGAUGUCUUGCAGCAACACGAAUCCAGGUUGCAUGGAGAUACAGAAAGAAACGUCUUUAUCGUGCUGACACUUCACAAUCAAAAUGUUGA